GCCGCGGCUCUCCUGGAGGGAACAUCCCCCGAAUGAAGCGCGGCGUCCCGCGUCGCAGAGCCACAUCUGCAGGGGGUUUCAGCUGAGGAGGAAUCACCCAGACCAAAAAAAAAAAAAAAAAAAAAGAGAGAGAGAAAGGAAUAGAAGAAUCUUCCGCACGGGAAUGAAUGAGAUGAGAGAUUCUGCCGAGGAGUUGCGCUCCGUCCCUCCGAGACCCACUGCGAGUUUCUCCAAAGCCCCCGCAAAGAGACGGUUCGUGAGGCUGGGACGGAAGAGCAGCGAUGGCUCUCGGUCGGGAGUCUCCACCGGCAGUUGUUCCUCCACCUGCGUGUCGGCAGAGGGCGUGGCCGUCAGGGAGCCGAACAAGAGUCGCAUCCGUCGCCAAACCAACCGACUCUCCGGCGUCUUCCACCGCAGCCCGGUGCCGACCUCGGGCUCCAUGGCGCUGGCGGCGGGACUCCGGUCGUCACGGUCCGUCCAAGUCAGGAAGGGCAGCAUGUUCUCCGCGGAAGUCCUGCCGGAGGACGACCCGUCCGAGCUGUCCAAUCACAUCACGGCCCCGGGGAUCCUCAAGAUCUUCGGGAACGAGAUCUGUGAAGGGGCUCACUACAAGAGCGUCCUGGCCACCACACACUCCAGCGCCGGGGAGCUUGUCAAGGAGGCCCUGGAUCGGUACGGCCUGAGGAAGGAGGAGUCCGAGUCCUACGUCCUCUGCGACACCAUCGGCUCCAUCGACAGCCACCGGUGGAGGACGGAGGGGUUCAGGGUCGUGGGCGACCACGAGAAACCUCUCCUCCUGCAGUCACUAUGGAAACCCAGGGAGGGCCUGGCGAGACGUUUCGAAAUCCAGCGGAAAAGUUCGAUAGAGGAGAUGACGUCGAAGGAGAGGGACACCGUCACUGCUGGUAUCAACGCCCAGGCCCGGAAGCUGCAGAAGAGUCGCUCCAGGGUCACCUCCACCCUUGUGGAGAAGACUCUGGGUCGCAAUCAGAAACUCUGGAGGAGCAAAAGCGAGAUGGAUCUCCUGGACGGCGGGGACGAAAGCGGCGGGGAACUCGACGCGCGAGCCAAGGGUCUUCGCGAGAGCCUCGGCCGCUCUUCGCUCCACAGCCAGGACUCCCUGGAAAACGGCUCCCGACUGAUUGGCAUUCGCAGCGCGGAGGGGGACGGAGGGACAGCGUGUAAGACAGAGAACCUCUGUCCACCGAGGCCGAGGGGCGAGCGAGAGGGAGAGGAGUCGGAGAGGGAGGAGACGGAGAGCAGCGACGAUAACACCACACAGUACUCCAUUCACCCUCCACACGACUGUCCGUACCUGCUGCUGCUGCAGGGCUGCAGCCUCACGCAGGACUUUAUCAUCUACUUGCUAGCCGCACCACACAUUGUUAUCGGCCGAUGCGAUGAUUGCGAAGACAGGCCAAGUGUUGACGUCUUCCUCUUUGCUGAUGACAUCCUUCCGAGCCACUGCUCCCUCCACCGCCACGGCGCUGGUAGCCCCAUCACGCUCUCGCCUUGCAAAGACGCCGCCGUCUCGAGGAACGGUGAAGUCGUGAAAUCUGACGUACGGCUGAGCUCCGGUGACGUCAUCGGACUGGGAAAGCAUUACCUGUUUCUUUUCAGGGAUCCCCUAGCUUCAAUGAACAAGGAAGCAAGCGAUGCCUCUCUUCAACCGAUGUCGUCAUCUGCUGCUCCAUGGAUAACGUGUCUCUGCCCUCCUGCGGUGACAACCAUCCAGAGUACAGCAAUGGUCCACUGCAUCAACUGCAUCCCAAACUGCACGGACUUCCAAGGUUCCUCCUGCAAGCGGUCUCCCAACAAAGGCCCUCCCUUUCUAACGUCACCCAGAGGCCACAUCCUGACUUUGAGCUAUAGGGUUGAGGAUGAAGAGCGCGUCGUCAAAGAGAUCUUUGCUAUGAACAGCAGCAGCAGCAGCAGCACUGACAGAGCCCCACUGACUGUCUCCUUUCAGCUGAGUCUGUGUCUCCAGUACGCAACAGCUUACCUUCACACUUCAGACCUACGGCGGCUCCUGCUGCUGAGCGCGAGUGAAGUCCAGAGAGCCACGUGGGAUUGCACCACGAAGCUAGCGGCGGUUUAUCCUGAAGAUGAGGGUUCAAGCCCGGAAGAACACAAAGUACGCAGCCUAUGUGAUGUAAUUUCGGGUCUGCGCCCCCUGGUGGUGUGGAUGGCCAACACCCUGGAGCUGCUGCAGUUCAUUCAACAUCAGCUGCCUCUUAUUCUGGAGUGGAGAAACUGUAAGGAGAAGGAGCAGAGGGAGGACAGAGACUGGGACGACGCUGAAGGCAAAGAAGUGGAGAACUUAGCGAUGUUGGAGAUUCGCCUGUCCUGCAUUCGUUCAGCCAGCGAGGAGACGACGGCCGUCCUGGAGGAAGUCAUCUUGCUGGCCUUUCAGCAGUGCGUCUACUACAUAACCAAGUUCCUAUACACAGUCCUUCCGAGUCUCCUGGACUGCAAUCCUUUCAGGGAGAGUGCCGGAGACUGUGGCCGGGGCCUGGGUGGCGGCGGGAUGCACGUCCCCUGGGAGAUCAGUCAGGUGGUGGAGGUUCUGAACGAGAGCUGGAGGCUGCUUUUAGACUAUCAGGUCCACCCAGAGGUUUCCGCUCAGCUCAUUGGCUACCUCUUCUACUUCAUAAAUGCAUCGCUUUUCAACUCACUCAUGGAGAGAGGCUCAGAACCAGGCUUCUACCAGUGGUCCAGAGGAGUGCGAAUGCGGGCCAAUCUUGACCUGGUUCUGGACUGGGCCCACGCGGCUGGACUUGGAGAACUGGCCUUGGAGCACACACACACUCUCUCGUCAGCUAUCAACCUGCUGGCGACACCAAGAAAGAAUUUACUGCAGACGCCGUGGGUGUCCUUGCGCUCCGACUACCCCGCCCUGAGUCCGGCCCAGCUGCACCACCUGCUGAGCCUGUACAGCCCGGCCUCACCCUGCGCCCAAACGUGGGCUCCCUCUGUACAGGAUCGAGCGGCAGCCCACAGGACAGCUGAUAUCCUGGAGAGUUUUGACACCCACCAUCCACUGGAGCUUCCAGAUGAAGGUUACCAGCUCCAGCUCAGACGCCCAGUUGGAGACCCGGCUCUGUGGACACAGCUGCAAAAGCUCAAGGAGUUUAUCGGCCUGCUGUCUGAUUCCCGGAUGAACGAUGCCAACGCCAAGAAGCACCAGGUUGGUGCCGCUCAGACGGACACUGCUCAAGUGGUCAACGACAUCCUCCAAAAUGUCGGCUUAGAAGCCUGUGAUUCAUCACCGGAUGACCUGAUUCUACCUCCAUCACCAUCGGGUCUUAACUGGGAUGAGCUCAGCGCCGGCGUUGCACGUAUUGUAGCUGAAAAACUAACAACUCUGGAGCUGACAGAACCCAGUGAGGUGCAGCGGUCUGCUCCGGACCCCCCCGGCCUCCUCAUCCGACCUAAAACAGGAACCUUGAUGAAUCCUAACAGCCAAACAGUGGAAUGCGAAGGUGGCUUAGUGUCUGAGUGCCUGGCCGCGCUGAAUGCGGACCAUUUACAAUCGGACCGCAGCACCGGGAAAAGACUUGUGGAGCUAAAAGAGGAGGAAGAAGAGGCCGGGGAAGAGGAAGUGGAGGGCAACGAUGAGGUUUUCAGUUUGGAGCUGGAGCGAGGCGAAACGGGACUCGGCCUCGCUCUGGUGGAUACGAGGAACACGUCCAUGAAGGUGAAGGGCGUCUUUAUCCGCGCAGUCGUGCCAGACUCUCCCGCCGCCAAGUGUGAGAAGCUGGAGCCCGGAGACAGGAUCCUGGCUGUCAACGGAGUCAGUCUGCUCGGAUUGGAUUACGAGAGCGGAAAGGAGCUGAUCCAGUCAUCAGGCGCCAGACUGAGGUUGCUGGUGGCAAGAUCGCACUUCAUGGCUGCAGCCUUACAGAAUGAAUGCUGACUCUGCAGUUACUGAGGGACUACUGAACCACAAUCUGCUCUGCACGAGACUGCCAGAGCCUGUUGAACACGAUGGACUAUGAAGAUGAACUGUGGUUUCAGAUGCUCAUAAGCAGCUUAUGAGUUAGAAAAAUUACUGUAAUAAUUUUUGUUGUCUUUGAGUGAUACUGGAUUUUGUUUCAAGUAGCGGAGAAUUUGCUUCGAAAGUUUGAAAAUUUGUUCAGACUGACUCCAGGCAAGAACACAGCACCCUUUUACAGAUGUCUGAAAAGCCUUAAAGGGGCAGUGUUAUGGAUCUGCUAGGCACAUAGUGCCAUUUUACAGAACAAUCAGGUGACUAUGUUACCUUCAGUUGUUAUAAAAAUGCAAUAAAUAUCAAAUAUGAAGAAAAAGAAUUUUGACUUUGUAAUUUAACGCCUUGAAAUUAGGCUUCUGUCUCUUUAAAAAUGUCUUCUUUCUGCCUUCAGAAAGUCUUAACAACCUUGCUCUUCUAUUAAUUUUUUUUUUUUUACCAGGAUUGCACUUAGAAGUACCUCCUAUAAUGAGCUCAUCAGAUACUCAGUGGUUGCUAAUUGCUGCUGGCUAGUCUGAAGAAGCAGGGCGGAGGAGUUGUAGGGGAGGGCUGCUCUGUGAGCCAGAAACUGCAGCUCCAUUGAACCUUUAGCAGAGCAUCACUAAUCAAAGGUUUCUGGAAAUUGGUUGACUGAAAUAUAUAAAGCACGAAUCAAAACUCCAAAACAGUGAAGAGAAACCGAACUUUUAAGAAAACCAUUUUUUUCUAAUGUAAAUUUUUCUCU